UUCUAACCAAAAUAUGAAAAUAGUAUUUUCAUUUUUCACUCAAUACUCUUUUUUGGUUUAGUGAUCGGAAAUUUUUUAUUAGCACACAGAGAGCGAUCUAAUUUCAGUAGAUCCUUUCAAUGCCGGUUGAAACGGAAGAAGUUGCGGCGGCGCCACCCCCGCCUGCCGUUCCCCACCCUCAGCGGCGGCCGAGGGUAAGAGAAAUCAGUUCCAGGUUCAUGUCUCCGGUAUCAUCCUCCCAUUCUUCCGGCGAUCAUUCGAGAUCUCCACUUCAUAAGCAACACCAUUUGCAGCGGCAGAGACGGCAGUCGGAACCGGAGGUUGACGAGAACAUCCCCGCCGUUGCCCCUUGUGAUACUCCACGAGCCUCUCUUGAAUCGCCGUUCAUAAAUAUAACUACUGUUCAAAAGAAGCAUCGCCAUUCAAGAACUUAUAGCGAUACCAGCAAAUUAUUUGGGAGAAGCACAGCAAAUAAUACGCCUUUAAGGCCAGAUACGCCUACUAUUGAAAGAACUUCAUCAUUACCAUCAUCAACAAUAAGAUUAAACCACCGGACAGCCAACGUUCCGGCGACGGCAAAGGCAUCGGCGGCCGCCAAGUUGUUGCAAUCAAGUGGGAUCGGUUUAUCAUCGAAACCUAAUGCUUCUUCAUCUUCUUCUCAAGAACCCUCUGUCAAUGAGUCUGGCCGUACUGCUCUGUCCCUUAUAGAUUUAGGCACCUCAUUGCCUGAGGCGGAUAACAACGGCGACGGUGCCGAGCCGUCAUUGAAACUCUCCCGCUCUUUGAAUUCGCCACUAUUAAGUUCCGAUCCUUCUCUGUUUCAUCUUCCUAAUGGACUAAUGAAGGGGAAAUCUGCUAAGGUGACUCCAUUUUCACUACCACCAGUCCCUUCUCACACAAAGCAUGGGACUGAUACAAUAAGGGGAUCAAAGAAAAUUUCUCGUCAUCAAGAGGAUUUACAUUCCUUGAAAUUGCUUUACAAUUGUUAUUUACAAUGGAGAUUUGCUAAUGCCAAGGCAGAAAACUCUACUCAAAUUCAGAAAAGAGAAACUGAGAGAAUACUUUAUUCUCUUGAGGUGAAGAUAUCAGAGUUGUAUGAUCGUGUGAGAAGGAAACGCAUGGAGCUUCAACUACUACAAAGGAUGAAAACCUUAUCAAAUAUUCUAGAAUCUCAUAUGCCAUAUCUAGAAGAAUGGUCUACAUUCCAAGGAGAUUACUUAAAUUCUUUAUCAGAAGCUAUUCAAUCUUUGUUGAACAUUUCUCUUAGACUGCCAAUCAAUGGGAAUGUUAAGGUAGAUACGAGAGAGGUAGGGGAAGCAAUGACUUCAGCAAUAAAAAUGAUGGAAAUGAUAGUUUCCAAUGUUCAAAGCUUUAUGCCAAAGGCUGAGGAAAUGGAAAGUUCAGUUUCAGAAUUGGCUAGAGUGGCAAUAGGAGAAAGAGCUGUUAUUGAAGAAUGUGGAGAUUUGUUAUAUAAAACCAAUAAAUUUCAGGUUGAAGAGUGCAGUUUAAGAGCUCAGCUUAUUCAGUUGCAAUCAAUGGGUUCAUGUAACAAUAAACUACUCCUACAAGAAUAAUACACACUCAGAGACUGACUCAAAUGAAUUCUUUUCUUCUUUUUUGGUUUGGAUGUGAAAGUUUUUCACUUUUCAUAAUAAAAUUCACUAAUGAUUUCAUUUUUUUAAUCAA